AUGACGAGGAAUAACAAUCCCGUUCCAGAUCCAUUGGAUCCAUACUAUGUUCAUCCUUCAGAUAAUUCAUCAACAGUUUACGUUGCACCGCCAUUAUCAGGUGAUAACUAUCAUGCUUGGUCCAUGAAGAUGAGACGAGCUUUGGCUAUGAAGAACAAAUUUCAGUUUGUUGAUGGUACUAUCGAGAUACCAGAUCGUUUCAUGAGAGGUGACAAGAUACGAGUAGCACAAUUGUAUCAAGAGAUUACAAACUUGAAGCAAGGAAGUAAGAAAAUUUCAGAUUAUUUCACUGAAUUGAGAAGUUUGUGGGAAGAGUUAGAUCAAUACAGACCCGUUCCAAGUUGCACUUGUUGUGUGACUUGUGCUUUUUUGGCUAUGAGGAAUAGCAGAUCUUUCAGGGCAGAAGAUAGAAUUAUCCAAUUCUUAAUUGGAUUGAAUGAAGAAUUUCAUGGAGUUGUCUCACAGGUAUUGCUUAUGGACCCUCUCCCUCCUAUUAACAAAGUGUUUUCCAUGGUACUGCAGCAAGAAAGAAAGAUAUGUGGAACAAUUUUCCCCCCUCUUAAUGCUACUGAAGAUGGAUCGGGAAUGGUCAAUGCUGUAGAGGGAAAACAAGGUGGAAGAGGUAGAGGAUAUAACAAUGCUGGCAGAGGAAGAGGUAAUGGCAAAGUAUGCACAUAUUGUGGCAAACCUGGUCACACAGUGGAUAACUGCUACAAAAAGCAUGGAUAUCCACCUAAUCUUGGUCGUGGAAGUGCAUCCUAUGCUAAUCAAGCUGGAGCUAGUUCUACUCAGAGUCAGGUGGACAAGACUGAAGGCAAAUCCACAGUUGGCACAACUAGUGACAAUGGAAGCAUGGCACUAACAAAAGAACAAUAUCACAAUUUGAUGGUGUUGCUCGAAAAGAAUUCAGGAUCAGUCAAUCUUGCCAAGGGAGGAAAGGAGACAAUUGAAGAAGAUUGGUUCAGCUAAGGAGAUUGAUGGACUGUAUUACUUGGAAGGAACUUGUACU